AUGGCGAAGAAGCAGCUGGACGUGCUGACGGCUCUGGACGCAGCAAAAACACAGUGGUACCAUUUCACGGCCAUCGUAAUUGCCGGAAUGGGCUUCUUUACCGAUGCCUACGAUCUCUUCUCCAUUACGACUGUCACCAAACUGUUGGGACGAAUCUACUAUCCACAUAACUCGCCGCCCGGUCUUUUGCCCAGGAACGUAUUGUCUGCAGUCACGGGGGUGGCCUUGUGCGGAACUCUUGCGGGGCAGCUCUUCUUCGGGUACAUGGGUGAUAAACUGGGCCGAAAGAAAGUGUACGCAAUGACUCUUAUGCUCAUGGGGGUGUGCUCCAUCACGCAAGGUCUCUCCUUCAGCAGUAAUAGGGAAGGCGUAAUGGUCACGCUAUGUUUCUUCAGAUUCUGGCUGGGUUUCGGCAUAGGGGGAGAUUAUCCAUUGUCCGCCACCAUAAUGUCUGAGUACGCCAACAAGAAGACCAGAGGAGCCUUCCUCGCAGCCGUCUUCGCCAUGCAGGGAUUCGGUAUCCUGGCCGGUGGGAUGGUAGCUCUCAUCGUCUCCGCCGCAUUUAGAAAGUAUGAGCGAGGCCUUUCACACACCCAAAUAUCCCAUCAAGCAGACUAUGUGUGGAGAAUUAUCCUGAUGUUCGGAGCACUACCGGCGGCGCUUACGUUUUACUGGCGAAUGAAGAUGCCCGAGACUGCUCGCUACACGGCCCUGGUAGCCAAGAACGCAAGCAAAGCGGCGGCGGACAUGUCGAGAGUUCUGAGGGUCGACAUCGAAGAAAACCAAGGCAAAAUUCAGUCGAACGAGCCGGAAUUCAGAUUGCUUUCGGUUCAGUUCUUAAGGCGCCACGGUCAACACCUCCUGGGCACCACGUCCACCUGGUUCCUCCUUGACAUUGCCUUCUACAGCCAAAAUCUGUUUCAAAAGGAAAUGUUUGCAGCCGUGGGUUGGAUCCAUAAAUCCAGCACAAUGGGAGCCAUACAUGAGGUACAGAUGAUUGCAUGGGCGCAGGUGAGAAUUGCAAUGGUAUCAAUAAUUCCUGGGUACUGGUGCACGGUAUUCCUGAUCGACAUUAUAGGCCGCUUUGUCAUUCAGCUCGUCGGGUUCUUCUUUAUGUCCUUCUUCAUGUUCGUCCUCACUAUCAAGUUCGAUUACUUCAAAGAUAACGGGAUAGGAUUCAUUGUUCUCUAUGCAUUCACCUUUUUCUUUGCAAAUUUCGGGCCCAACAGCACCACUUUCAUUGUCCCGGCCGAGCUCUUCCCGGCGAGAUUCCGGUCGACUUGCCAUGGCAUAUCGGCUGCCAUGGGAAAGUUGGGGGCCAUCGUUGGCGCUUUUGGGGCUGGUUAUCUUGCUGAUCCGAAACAGGGGCAUCUCAAGACUGCUCUGACUAUACUCGCUUUUACCAAUGCUCUGGGUUUUGUAUUCACGUUUCUCGUGCCCGAAACAAAUGGCAGAUCCCUGGAAGAAAUCUCUGGAGAAAAUGAUGAUCUUGGCUCAAAACAAAGCAGGAGGGUCGAUCACCUACCUUCAUUUCUAAAUAAGGACCUUUUUGUAAAGGAGAUUGAGUAUGCAAUUGUCUUGUUACACUGCAUAUUCGAGAGCCUAACAGCUGAACAAUUUGUGGCCUAG